UCUUGGCUGAUAUAAUCGAUCACGGGCUGAUACAGAAACCUAAAUAAGUUUAAUUGAAUCACUUCCUAUCGCUCCUUCUCUUUCCUGUAAUAGGUUAAAGUCUGACACUCAUAAACUGGGAAUAAGACACAUGCAGAUUCAUAAAGUUUGUGUGCGAGAUAAAGUCUAAUGCCCUGAAGCGGAGGUAGUGCCUUAGAAAAUUAAAAUCAAGGACAAUCGUUCUGAAAUUCUGCUGGGGUAAAAACAUGGACUGCUGGGCCAGGCUGAAGUCUUCCAGUUGGGCUUAUCCAACCGCAGUUCUGACACUUUAUGGGUUUUUUGCUAACUGCAGAAUAGCAGAGCCCUUCUUGACACCAUACCUAAUUGGACCACAUAAGAAUAUCUCAGAAGAAGUGCUGACCAACUACCUGUUUCCCAUCUGGACGUACUCCUAUCUAGCCUUCCUCUUCCCAGUCUUUCUCCUGACCGACUUCCUGAGGUACAAGCCCCUCAUUAUGGUACAGGGGCUGUUCCUCGUCAUCAACUAUAUCCUGCUCUGCUUUGCACGGGAUCUGCCUUUCAUGGUCUACUUGCAGGUAAACUAUUCUGUAGUGACGUCUACAGAGGUGGCCUACUUUUCCUACAUUUACAGUGUGAUUCCAGUUGAGAAUUACCAAAGAGCCACAGGUUACCUGCGCAGUGCAUUGUUAGCUGGAUAUACAUUUGGCGCCAGCCUCGCCCAGGUGCUGGUCUCCCUUGCAGGGCUGGACUAUUUCUACAUCAAUACCAUCACUCUGGGGGUUAUGAGUAUGGCUUUUCUCAUCUCCUUCUGGUUGCCCAUGCCCCAGAGGACCAUGUUCUUUAAAGGAAAAAAGGCUGCAGCUCUGCGCUCACAGUCCCAGCAGGAGGGGCCCCUGGGAGCACACAGGCCUGAGGAACCGGUGAUGGAUGAGGAUUAUGGCAGCGUUGGUUGGUGCAGCAGGGAAAAUGUGGCCGCAGCGGGCCAUCUACUUUGGAAAAGCUUCAGGGAGUCGUACUCUUCCAGGCAUUUAAUCUACUGGUCCUUGUGGUGGGCUCUGGCCACAGCUGGCUAUAUGCAAGUCUUCAAUUAUAUCCAGCUGAUAUGGGACCAUAUAGAACCAUCUGCCACAUCAUCUAUCUACAAUGGAGGUGUCGAGUCUGUGUGUUCCCUUGUAGGUGCUGUAGCAGCCUUCUCCGUGGGCCACAUCAAGGUGACCUGGGCCGUAUGGGGAGAGCUGGCAUUAGGGCUGUUCUCAGCCAUAGGGGCAGGCGCUGUGUUUCUGAUGGCGUUCACCAGCAGUAUCUGGGCAUGCUAUGCUGGUUAUGCCAUAUUCAAAUCCUGCUACAUGUUUCUCAUCACCAUCACAGCUUUUCAGAUUGCAUCUAACCUUUCCACGGAGUGCUACGCUCUGACAUUCGGGAUCAACACUUUUGUAGCCCUCUCACUGCAGACCAUCAUUACCAUCAUUUUUGUUGAUGAAGCUGCACUGGGACUGGACAUUGUGACUCAGUUCAUCAUCUACGGCAGUUACUAUGCCGUCAUCUCACUGCUCUUCCUGAUUCGAGGGGCUUACACCGCCUCCGUAAACUGUCACAGUGCUGAGCAGAAAGAAACCAGGCAAGAGUCCAGUGUGGAAGUGAUCGCCACUGAACGUUUCUAACCAAGGAGAACAAACUGUUCAAGUCCGGAUGAUACCAAAUGGCCAUGCAACUGUGUCAUUUGUUUAUGGGGAAUAAAAUAAUCAUACAACAUGAACACUACAAUGGCCUUCAGACUGAACCCAUAAAUGUUUUCCAAAUUAGAGGAGAGCCGGUAUGGUUAGAACACUUUGCUUCAGUGCCUGUAACUCACUGAAUUUUUGAGCUAUAGUUCUCAAACUUGUAUACAAGGUAUCCACAUUUCUUUAUGACAAAUGCCACCAAUUCAGAUGUCUGCAAGAAUAUCACAGACCUCAUGAGUUGCUGUAACACAUGCUGUGGUAAGUUGUAACACCUGGAUAAAAGCAAAAGCCAGUUAUGUUGCAAAAUAAAAGAGCAAUCCAGAC